CUGUUGCCUUCCAAGGGUCAUUGUGGAUUUCUGUAGUUACUAAUAACCUAGCAGUUAGAAUGGUCAUACAUUUUACAUACGGAUGGCUGUUUGCAUACAUUGCUUUGCCUGGAAUCUUACUCGGGGAUUUAGCUUUCCGAUGCCCAAGUUGCACCGCGGCGCGUUUAGCUGCGUGCCCCAAAGUCACCACAGUAUGUGCAGAGAUCGUGAGAGAGCCAGGCUGUGGUUGCUGUCCAAUGUGUGCCAGGCUGGAGGGGGAGCUUUGCGGGGUCUACACGCCGAGGUGCUCCACUGGCCUGAGAUGCUACCCGAGCGCAGAGGCUGAGUUACCUUUGCAACAGCUCAUCCAGGGUUUAGGUCGAUGUGGGCAAAAAGUGGAAAUAGAUUCGACAAGUUUGGACCACCAGGCAACAAAUGAGGUGCAUGGGACUGAGAAUCCACUCACCAAGAGACCAGCCAUAGAUGCUGCGUUAUGGCAGGAGUCGGCCAGGCAGCAGUACUUGAACGAGCGCAAAACCAAGAUGAAGACAAAUCAACUGGAGGACCCCCGAACCCCGAAAGCUCCUCAGAGUGCCUGUCAGACGGAGUUGGACAAGGUCUUAGAGGAGAUCUCCAAAAUGACCUCUGAGGAUAACAGAGGCCCGCUGGAGAACCUGUAUGGGCUCAAAUUUCCAAACUGUGACAGACAUGGAUUGUACAACCUCAAACAGUGCAACAUGUCCACCCACGGCCAGAGGGGCGAGUGCUGGUGCGUUAACCCCUUAACUGGGAUCCAGAUACCGGCGACACCUAAAGUCAGAGGGGAUCCCAACUGUAACCAGUUUCAAGAGGAGCUCAGGGCAAUGCCCACUGCAUCAACGUCCCGCUGAUCAUCAGACAUCGUGACGGGGUUGACGGGUUUCCUUCAAAAUUCAGAAUCUGGGAGGAUUUUCUUUUUAAAUUAAUACAGUUAUUCUAUCAAAAUGUUAAAAGAAAAAAAAAAAAAAAAGUGUAAAGACCAAGUUCAUCUCUCAAUGCUUCCCGACUUCCCUGUUUUGUCUUUGGGACUCAGAACCAAGCUGUACAUUUUUAAAAGGGAGGAACAAAUGUAUAGUUUAAUUUGUUUAAAAAAAGUUAUGUCUUGAAACAGCCGCUUAGCAAAAGGUAAUAAAACUGAAGUAAAUAGUU